ACUACCUCCCUGGAGUCAAUGGAGCUACCACCAUUGGCCACCUUCCUUGCCAUGGUGCUCGCUGCCGCCGUCUUCCUAAAAUUCAAAGCCACAUCACGCCGCAGCUACAACCUCCCACCAGGUCCGAAACCGUGGCCAGUCAUCGGCAACUUCAACCUCAUCGGUGCACUCCCUCACCGCUCCGUCCACGAGCUCUCCAAGAAGUACGGCCCGCUCAUGCAUCUCCGCUUCGGUUCCUUCCCCGUCGUCAUCGGCUCGUCCGUCGAGAUGGCCAAGUUCUUCCUCAAAACCCAAGACGUCCUCUUCAUCGAACGCCCCAAGACGGCCUCCGGCAAGUACACCACCUACAACUACGCCGACAUCACCUGGUCGCCCUACGGCGCGUACUGGCGCCAGGCGCGCCGGAUAUGCAUCACCGAGGUAUUCAGCGCCCGCCGUCUCGCGUCCUUCGAGCACAUCCGCGCCGACGAGGUGCGCGCUCUGGUUCGCGGCCUCUUCGUCGCGGCGUCUGUCCCGGGGCGCGCCGUGCAUCUCAACAGGGACCACCUGUCCACGCUCAGCAUGAACGUGAUCACGCGGAUGGUGCUCGGGAAGCGGUUCUUUGGCGACGGCGCGGACGCGGCGGAGGGGCCGGUGUCGUCGCUGGACGAGUUCAAGUGGAUGCUGGACGAGCUGCUGCUGCUCAACGGCGUGCUCAACGUCGGCGACUGGAUCCCGUGGCUGGACUGGAUGGACCUGCAGGGGUACGUGCGGCGGAUGAAGAAGGUCGGCAAGAUGUUCGAUGCGUUUAUGGAGUACGUCCUCGACGCGCACAGCGAGCAGCGGCGGCGAGACGGCGAGGGCUUCGUGGCGAGGGACAUGGUGGACGUGCUCAUGCAGGUCGCCGACGACCCGAAUCUCGAGGUCCAGUUCGGCCGCGUCGGCGUCAAGGCGUUCACCCAGGACCUCAUCGCCGGCGGCACGGAGAGCUCGUCGGUCACCGUGGAGUGGGCACUCUCGGAGCUUCUGAGGAAGCCCGCCAUCUUCGCCGCCGCGACCGAGGAGCUGGACCGCGUCAUCGGCCGCGGGCGCUGGGUGACGGAGAAGGACAUACCGAACCUGCCGUACAUCGAGGCCAUCGUCAAGGAGACGAUGCGCGUGCACCCCAUCGUGCCGCUCCUCAUCCCGCGCGUCGCCCGCGAGGACGUGGUCGUCGGCGGCUACGACAUCCCAAAGGGUGCGCGCGUGCUCAUCAACGUGUGGACAAUCGGCCGGGACCCGGAGCUGUGGGAUGCGCCGGAAGAGUUCACGCCGGAGAGGUUCGUCGGGAGCAAGAUGGACGUCAAAGGGCAGGACUUCGAGCUGCUCCCGUUCGGGUCUGGCCGGCGGAUGUGCCCUGGCUUGAACCUCGGGUUGAAGGUGAUACAGCUGAGCCUGGCCAACCUGCUCCAUGGGUUCACGUGGGGCUUGCCGGAGGGGAUGACGAAGGAGGAGCUGAGCAUGGAUGAGGUGUUUGGGCUGUCAACCACCCGCAAGUGCCCGCUCGAGGUUGUCAUCGAGCCCAAGCUUCCUGAGCACAUGUAUGUUUGA